AUGGAUUGUGACCACCUACCUUCCCUGCCUCGCCUCCUACCUUCCCGGCCUCGCCUUAUACCUCCACUGCCUCGCCUCAUACCUUCCCGGCCUCGCCUCAUACCUUCCCUGCCUCGCCUCCUACCUUCCUUGCCUCGCCUCCUACCUUCCCUGCCUCGCCUCAUACCUUCCCUGCCUCGCCUCAUACCUUCCCUGCCUCGCCUCAUACCUUCCCUGCCUCGCCUCAUACCUCCACUGCCUCGCCUCCUACCUUCCCUGCCUCGCCUCAUACCUCCACUGCCUCGCCUCAUACCUCCACUGCCUCGCCUCAUACCUCCACUGCCUCGCCUCAUACCUUCCCUGCCUCGCCUCCUACCUUCCCUGCCUCGCCUCCUACCUUCCCUGCCUCGCCUCAUACCUCCACUGCCUCGCCUCAUACCUCCACUGCCUCGCCUCAUACCUCCACUGCCUCGCCUCAUACCUUCCCGGCCUCGCCUCAUACCUUCCCGGCCUCGCCUCAUACCUCCACUGCCUCGCCUCAUACCUCCACUGCCUCGCCUCGUGCCUCCACUGCCUCGAUCGCCUCGUACCUCCACUGCCUCGAUCGCCUCAUACCUCCACUGCCUCGAUCGCCUCGUACCUCCACUGCCUCGAUCGCCUCGUACCUCCGCUGCCUCGAUCGCCUCGUACCUCCGCUGCCUCGAUCGCCUCGUACCUCCGCUGCCUCGAUCGCCUCGUACCUCCGCUGCCUCGAUCGCCUCGUACCUCCGCUGCCUCGAUCGCCUCGUACCUCCGCUGCCUCGAUCGCCUCGUACCUCCGCUCCGAUCGCCUCGUACCUCCGCCUCGAUCGCCUCGUACCUCCGCUGCCUCGAUCGCCUCGUACCUCCGCUGCCUCGAUCGCCUCGUACCUCCGCUGCCUCGAUCGCCUCGUACCUCCGCUGCCUCGAUCCGCUCGCCUCGCUGCCUCGAUCGCCCCGUACCUUCGCUCCUCCGCUGCCUCCGCUGCCUCGAUCGCUCGCCUCGUACCUCCGCUGCCUCGAUCGCCUCGUACCUCCGCUGCCUCGAUCGCCUCGUACCUCCGCUGCCUCGAUCGCCUCGUAUCGCCUCGUACCUCCGCUGCCUCGAUCGCCUCGUACCUCCGCUGCCUCGAUCGCCUCGUACCUCCGCUGCCUCGAUCGCCUCGUACCUCCUCGCUGCCUCGAUCGCCUCGUACCUCCGCUGCCUCGAUCGCCUCGUACCUCCGCUGCCUCGAUCGCCUCGUACCUCCGCUGCCUCGAUCGCCUCGUACCUCCGCUGCCUCGAUCGCCUCGUACCUCCGCUGCCUCGAUCGCCUCGUACCUCCGCUGCCUCGAUCGCCUCGUACCUCCGCUGCCUCGAUCGCCUCGAUCCGCCUCGAUCGCCUCGUACCUCCGCUGCCUCGAUCGCCUCGUACCUCCGCUGCCUCGAUCGCCUCGUACCUCCGCUGCCUCGAUCGCCUCGUACCUCCGCUGCCUCGAUCGCCUCGUACCUCCGCUGCCUCGAUCGCCUCGUACCUCCGCUGCCUCGAUCGCCUCGUACCUCCGCUGCCUCGAUCGCCUCGUACCUCCGCUGCCUCGAUCGCCUCGUACCUCCGCUGCCUCGAUCGCCUCGUACCUCCGCUGCCUCGAUCGCCUCGUACCUCCGCUGCCUCGAUCGCCUCGUACCUCCGCUGCCUCGAUCGCCUCGUACCUCCGCUGCCCUCGAUCGCCUCGUACCUCCGCUGCCUCGAUCGCCUCGUACCUCCGCUGCCUCGAUCGCCUCGUACCUCCGCUGCCUCGAUCGCCUCGUACCUCCGCUGCCUCUCUAUCGCCUCGUACCUCCGCUGCCUCGAUCGCCUCGUACCUCCGCUGCCUCGAUCGCCUCGUACCUCCGCUGCCUCGAUCGCCUCGUACCUCGCUGCCUCGAUCGCCUCGUACCUCCGCUGCCCUCGAUCGCCUCGUACCUCCGCUGCCUCGAUCGCCUCGUACCUCCGCUGCCUCGAUCGCCUCGUACCUCCGCUGCCUCGAUCGCCUCGUACCUCCGCUGCCUCGAUCGCCUCGUACCUCCGCUGCCUCGAUCGCCUCGUACCUCCGCUGCCUCGAUCGCCUCGUACCUCCGCUGCCUCGAUCGCCUCGUACCUCCGCUGCCUCGAUCGCCUCGUACCUCCACUUUUCUAA